AAGCUGCUACCGCCACACGCACCGUCUAUCCGAGUGAGCCCAGGUUCUGCUCAGGACGCAGAGGGCCGCGGACACCGAAGGGGGCGCCUCGGAGCGUGACCGCGGCGCAGAGAGCCCGGCCCGAGCUGCGCCAGCCGAAUCCUCAGCGAGCGGCGGGAGAAGCAGGAAGGCGGCGGGGCUGGGAGCCGCCGGCUGACCCGGCGGGCCGCGGAGGGUGCACCUGGCAGCGGCGCGGCCGAGCCGGGCCGCGGGAGCAGGGGAAGGCGGCGGCUGUGGCGGCGAGUAUGUCGCAGCCGCCGCUGCUCCCCGCCUCGGCGGAGACUCGGAAGUUCACCCGGGCGUUGAGUAAGCCGGGUACGGCCGCCGAGCUACGGCAGAGCGUGUCCGAGGUGGUGCGCGGCUCUGUGCUCCUGGCAAAGCCAAAGCUUAUUGAGCCACUCGACUAUGAAAAUGUCAUUGUUCAAAAGAAGACACAGAUCUUGAAUGAUUGUUUACGGGAGAUGCUGCUUUUCCCUUAUGACGACUUUCAGACUGCGGUUCUCAGACGACAGGGUCGAUACAUAUGCUCAACAGUUCCUGCAAAUGCCGAACAGGAAGCACAGAGCUUAUUUGUUACAGAGUGCAUCAAAACCUAUAACUCUGACUGGCAUCUUGUGAAUUAUAAAUAUGAAGAUUAUUCAGGAGAGUUUCGACAACUUCCAAACAAAGUGGUAAAGUUGGAUAAACUUCCAGUUCAUGUCUAUGAAGUUGAUGAGGAGGUCGACAAAGAUGAGGAUGCUGCCUCCCUCGGUUCUCAGAAAGGUGGGAUCACCAAGCACGGGUGGCUGUACAAAGGCAACAUGAACAGUGCAAUCAGCGUGACCAUGAGGUCAUUUAAGAGACGGUUUUUCCACCUGAUUCAACUUGGUGAUGGAUCCUAUAAUUUGAAUUUUUAUAAAGAUGAAAAGAUCUCCAAAGAACCAAAAGGAUCAAUAUUUCUGGAUUCCUGUAUGGGUGUAGUUCAGAACAACAAAGUCAGGCGUUUUGCUUUUGAGCUCAAAAUGCAGGACAAAAGUAGUUAUCUUUUGGCGGCAGAUAGUGAAGUGGAAAUGGAAGAAUGGAUUACAACUCUAAACAAGAUUCUCCAGCUCAACUUUGAAGCUGCAAUGCAAGAAAAGCGAAAUGGAGACGCUCAUGAAGAUGAUGAACAAAGCAAAUUGGAAGGUUCUGGUUCCGGUUUAGAUAGCUACCUGCCUGAACUUGCCAAGAGUACAAGAGAAGCAGAAAUCAAACUGAAAAGUGAAAGCAGAGUUAAACUUUUUUACUUGGACCCAGAUGCCCAGAAGCUUGACUAUUCAUCACCUGAGCCAGAAGUGAAGCCAUUUGAAGAGAAGUUUGGAAAAAGAAUUCUUGUGAAGUGCAAUGAUUUAUCUUUCAAUUUGCAAUGUUGUGUUGCAGAAAAUGAAGAAGGACCCACCACAAAUGUGGAACCUUUCUUUGUUACUCUAUCCCUGUUUGAUGUAAAACACAACCGAAAGAUUUCUGCUGAUUUCCACGUAGACCUGAACCAUUUCUCGGUGAGGCAGAUGCUGGCCACCACACCUGCAGCUCUGAUGAAUGGCAGUGGGCAGACCUCACCUGCCCUGAAGGGUAUGCUUCAGGAAGCCGCCAUGCAGUAUCCGAAGCAGGGAAUAUUUUCAGUCACAUGUCCUCAUCCAGAUAUAUUUCUUGUGGCUAAAAUUGAAAAAGUCCUUCAAGGAAGCAUCACGCAUUGUGCUGAGCCAUAUAUGAAAAGUUCAGACUCUUCUAAGGUUGCCCAGAAGGUGCUAAAGAAUGCCAAGCAGGCAUGCCAGAGACUAGGACAAUACAGAAUGCCAUUUGCUUGGGCAGCAAGGACAUUGUUUAAGGAUGCAUCUGGAAACCUUGAUAAAAAUGCCAGAUUUUCUGCUCUCUACAAGCAAGACAGCAAUAAGCUCUCAAAUGAUGACAUGCUCAAGUUACUUGCAGACUUUCGGAAACCGGAGAAGAUGGCUAAACUCCCAGUGAUUUUAGGCAAUCUAGACAUUACAAUUGAUAAUGUUUCCCCAGACUUCCCUAAUUAUGUUAAUUCAUCUUACAUUCCCAUGAAGCAAUUUGAAACCUGUACUAAAACUCCAGUCACAUUUGAAGUAGAGGAAUUUGUGCCCUGUAUCCCCAAACACACUCAGCCUUAUACCAUCUACAACAAUCACCUUUAUGUUUAUCCUAAGUACUUGAAAUAUGAUAGUCAAAAGUCUUUUGCCAAGGCCAGAAAUAUUGCCAUUUGUAUUGAAUUCAGAGAUUCAGAUGAAGAAGACUCUCAGCCUCUAAAGUGCAUUUAUGGCAGACCUGGUGGGCCAGUGUUCACAAGAAGCGCCCUUGCUGCUGUUUUACACCAUCACCAAAACCCAGAAUUUUAUGAUGAGAUUAAAAUAGAAUUGCCCACCCAGCUACAUGAAAAGCACCACUUGUUGUUCACAUUUUUCCAUGUCAGCUGUGAUAAUUCAAGUAAAGGAAGCACAAAGAAGAAGGACGUCAUUGAAACACAGGUUGGAUAUUCCUGGCUUCCUCUCCUGAGAGAUGGAAGGGUGGUGACUAACGAGCAGCACAUCUCUGUGUCAGCUAAUCUUCCAUCUGGCUACCUCUGCUACCAAGAACUUGGCAUGGGCAGGCAUUAUGGUCCAGAAAUUAAAUGGGUAGAUGGAGGCAAGCCCCUGUUGAAAGUUUCAACUCAUCUUGUUUCUACAGUAUAUACUCAGGACCAGCAUUUACAUAAUUUUUUCCAGUACUGUCAGAAAACUGAAUCUGGAGCUCAGGCCUUGGGAAGUGAACUUGUAAAAUAUCUUAAGAGUCUGCAUGCGAUGGAAGGCCAUGUGAUGAUCGCCUUCUUGCCCACCAUCUUAAACCAGCUCUUCCGUGUCCUCACCAGAGCCACCCAGGAGGAGGUCGCAGUCAACGUGACACGGGUCAUUAUUCAUGUGGUUGCCCAGUGCCAUGAGGAAGGAUUGGAGAGCCACUUGAGGUCAUACGUUAAGUAUGCUUAUAAAGCUGAGCCAUAUGUUGCUUCUGAAUAUAAGACAGUGCAUGAAGAACUGACCAAAUCCAUGACCGUGAUUCUCAAGCCUUCUGCAGAUUUCCUUACCAGCAACAAACUACUUAAGUAUUCAUGGUUUUUCUUUGAUGUUUUGAUAAAAUCCAUGGCUCAGCAUUUGAUCGAGAACUCCAAAGUUAAGUUAUUGCGAAAUCAGAGAUUUCCUGCUUCCUAUCACCAUGCAGUGGAAACUGUUGUUAAUAUGCUGAUGCCACACAUCACUCAGAAGUUUAGAGAUAACCCAGAGGCAUCUAAGAAUGCAAAUCAUAGCCUUGCUGUCUUCAUCAAGAGAUGUUUCACCUUUAUGGACAGGGGCUUUGUGUUUAAGCAGAUCAACAACUACAUCAGCUGCUUUGCUCCUGGAGAUCCAAAGACCCUUUUUGAAUACAAGUUUGAAUUCCUCCGUGUGGUGUGCAAUCAUGAACAUUAUAUUCCUCUGAAUUUACCAAUGCCAUUUGGAAAAGGCAGGAUUCAAAGAUAUCAAGAUCUCCAGCUUGACUACUCAUUAACAGAUGAGUUCUGCAGGAACCACUUCUUGGUGGGAUUGUUGCUGAGAGAGGUGGGGACUGCCCUCCAGGAGUUUAGGGAAGUCCGACUGAUUGCAAUUGGUGUGCUCAAGAACCUGCUGAUAAAGCAUUCUUUUGAUGACAGAUAUGCUUCAAGGAGCCAUCAAGCAAGGAUAGUCACUCUCUACCUACCUCUGUUUGGUCUGCUUAUUGAAAACGUCCAGCGGAUCAACGUGAGGGACGUGUCGCCCUUCCCUGUGAACCCCAGCAGUACGCUGAAGGAUGAAUCACUUAAUUUGCCAGCCGUAAAUCCGUUAGUGACUCCGCAGAAGCCAGGGAGCCAGCCAGAUAACAACCUGCACAAAGACCUGCUUGGUGCUAUCUCUGGCAUUGCUUCUCCAUAUACCACUUCAACUCCAAAUAUCAACAGUGUGAGAAAUGCAGAUUCGAGGGGAUCUCUCAUAAGCACCGAUUCGGGUAACAGCCUUCCAGAAAGGAAUGGUGAGAAAAGCUAUUCCCUGGAUAAGCUCCAACAAAGUGGCACUUUGGGAAAUUCUGUGGUUCGAUGUGACAAACUUGACCAGUCUGAAAUUAAGAGCCUGCUGAUGUGUUUCCUUUAUAUCUUAAAAAGCAUGUCUGAUGAUGCCUUAUUUACGUAUUGGAACAAGGCUUCUACAUCUGAACUUAUGGAUUUUUUUACAAUAUCUGAGGUCUGCUUGCACCAGUUCCAGUACAUGGGAAAACGAUACAUAGCCAGGAACCAGGAGGGGUUGGGACCCAUAGUUCAUGAUCGAAAGUCUCAGACAUUGCCUGUUUCCCGUAACAGAACAGGAAUGAUGCAUGCCAGAUUGCAGCAGCUGGGCAGCCUGGAUAACUCUCUCACUUUUAACCACAGUUAUGGCUACUCAGAUGCAGAUGUUCUUCACCAGUCGUUACUCGAAGCCAACAUUGCUACUGAGGUUUGCCUUACGGCUCUGGACACUCUGUCUCUGUUUACCUUGGCGUUUAAGAAUCAGCUCCUGGCUGACCACGGACAUAAUCCCCUCAUGAAAAAAGUUUUUGACGUUUACCUGUGUUUUCUUCAAAAAAAUCAAUCUGAAACAGCUUUAAAAAAUGUCUUCACUGCCUUAAGGACAUUAAUUUAUAAGUUUCCCUUGACCUUUUAUGAAGGGAGAGCCGACAUGUGUGCUGCUCUGUGUUAUGAGAUCCUGAAGUGCUGUAACUCCAAACUGAGCUCCAUCCGAACGGAGGCCUCCCAGCUGCUCUACUUCCUGAUGAGGAAUAACUUCGACUACACCGGAAAGAAAUCUUUUGUCCGGACACAUUUGCAAGUCAUUAUUUCUGUCAGUCAGCUGAUAGCAGAUGUUGUUGGAAUUGGGGGAACCAGAUUCCAGCAGUCCCUGUCUAUCAUCAACAACUGUGCCAACAGUGACAGACUCAUUAAGCACACCAGCUUCUCCUCCGAUGUGAAGGAUUUGACCAAAAGGAUACGCACGGUUUUGAUGGCCACUGCCCAGAUGAAGGAGCAUGAGAAUGACCCUGAGAUGCUGGUGGACCUCCAGUACAGCCUGGCCAAGUCCUAUGCCAGCACUCCGGAGCUCAGGAAGACGUGGCUCGACAGCAUGGCCAGAAUCCACGUCAAAAACGGGGAUCUCUCAGAGGCAGCAAUGUGCUAUGUCCAUGUAACAGCCCUGGUGGCAGAAUAUCUCACACGGAAAGAAGCAGACAUAGCCCUCCGGCGGGAGCCACCCCUCUUCCCCUACAGCCACAGCACCUGCCAGAGGAGGAGCCGGGGAGGCAUGUUUAGACAAGGGUGUACAGCCUUCAGGGUAAUUACCCCAAACAUAGAUGAGGAGGCCUCCAUGAUGGAAGAUGUCGGAAUGCAGGAUGUCCAUUUCAACGAGGACGUGCUGAUGGAGCUCCUGGAGCAAUGUGCAGAUGGGCUCUGGAAGGCUGAGCGCUAUGAGCUGAUCGCCGACAUCUAUAAGCUCAUCAUCCCCAUUUAUGAGAAGCGGAGAGAUUUUGAGAGGCUAGCCCAUCUGUAUGACACACUGCACCGGGCCUACAGCAAAGUGACAGAGGUCAUGCACUCAGGUCGCAGGCUCCUGGGGACCUACUUCCGAGUGGCCUUCUUUGGACAGGCAGCGCAAUACCAGUUUACAGACAGUGAAACAGAUGUGGAGGGAUUCUUUGAAGAUGAAGAUGGAAAAGAGUAUAUUUACAAAGAGCCCAAACUCACACCUCUGUCAGAAAUUUCUCAGAGACUCCUUAAACUUUACUCAGAUAAAUUUGGUUCUGAAAAUGUCAAAAUGAUACAAGAUUCUGGCAAGGUCAACCCUAAGGAUCUGGACUCCAAGUACGCAUAUAUCCAGGUGACUCAUGUGAUCCCCUUCUUUGAUGAAAAAGAAUUGCAGGAGCGGAAAACGGAGUUUGAGAGGUCCCACAACAUCCGCCGCUUCAUGUUCGAGAUGCCCUUCACUCAGAGCGGGAAGCGGCAGGGCGGGGUGGAGGAGCAGUGCAAGCGCCGCACCAUCUUGACAGCAAUACACUGCUUCCCUUACGUGAAGAAGCGGAUCCCCGUCAUGUACCAGCAUCACACCGAUCUGAACCCCAUUGAGGUGGCCAUUGACGAAAUGAGUAAGAAGGUGGCUGAGCUCCGGCAGCUGUGCUCCUCCGCCGAGGUGGACAUGAUCAAACUGCAGCUCAAACUUCAGGGCAGCGUGAGCGUCCAGGUCAAUGCUGGUCCACUAGCAUAUGCUCGUGCUUUCUUAGAUGACACAAACACAAAGAGGUAUCCUGACAACAAAGUGAAAUUGCUUAAAGAAGUUUUCAGGCAAUUUGUGGAAGCUUGUGGUCAAGCCUUAGCAGUAAAUGAGCGUCUGAUUAAAGAAGACCAGUUAGAGUAUCAGGAAGAAAUGAAGGCCAACUACAGGGAAAUGGCAAAAGAGCUUUCUGAAAUUAUGCAUGAGCAGAUUUGCCCCCUGGAGGAGAAGACAAGUGUCUUACCGAAUUCCCUUCAUAUCUUCAAUGCCAUCAGUGGAACGCCAACAAGCACAAUGGUUCACGGCAUGACCAGCUCUUCUUCGAUUGUGUGAUCGCGCCUCAUGGACUCUGUGUGGACUUACUUUGUCAUUUGCAAACUCAGGAUGAUUUCCAAAGCUUAUCACUGGGCUCAUGCAAGACAUGGGGAAGACGGAGCACAAGGAGAAGUCAAGGGGAAUGGGUGGGAAAGGAAAUAAAGAACUGGGUUGUUUCAUAGAUUUUCUAUAGAAGUAGUAAGAGGGUGCACUUAUUUUUUUAAAUCCCACUGGCAAUAUUCAGAGUUUUCAUUGUAUCUUAACAGAGGAGUCUUAAGCUGUAGCUAAAUUUUAUUUCCUUAUAGAGUAGUAAAUGGCCUAAAGAAAACAAGUGUUAUGGAAUGUACAUAGCAGAAACAGUAGCACUGAAAUUGGGGUUGGGUUAGCCUUUUUGUCUCUAGGCUAAUCUGGAGAAGCUUGAAAAUAUUUUUUCCCUGUGGCACAUUCAGGUUGAAAGCAAGAACUAUUUUUGUGACUAGUUUUUGAUGUAAGGGAAUCAACCAUUGUAAUUUUUGUACCAGUUAAAACCAGAUUUAGUGCUUUUGUACUCAUUUAAUUGCAUUUAAAAACUACGAAAGUUUAAGAAACUAUGUGAACUUAAAACUAGUCAAGCAGUUUAGAACCAAAGGCCUGUAUUAAUAAACACAACUAUGCUGAAAACUAAAAAGUAGUACAGUAUAUUAUUAUGUACAUAUAGUUUGUUAAUACAGUCUUGGCAUUCUGUACAUACAUGUAUCACAUUUCUAUACAUUUUUAAUACAUCAGCUUCUGCGUUAAGUUUGUGAUGAAUUGUGCUGUUCUUAGUAUAUGCAAUACUUUUGACUUUACUGUUUUAUUCUUGUACAUAAAUAAGUGCAAUAUGGAGAUGUAUACAGUCUUUGCUAUGUGAGGUUUAUAAACUGUUUUAAAAUUGUCAUCCUUUUGCCAAAGUGAUGGAGUGUGUAAUUGGUAAAUCAUAAAUCCUGUGGUGAAUGUUGGUAUAAUUUAUAGCUUUCACCAUGUUAUAUUUUCUUUUAAGACAUUAAUUUAGUAAUUUUAUAUUUGGGAAAAUAAAGGUUUUUAAUUUUAUUUAACUGGAAUCACUGCCCUGCUGUAAUUAAACAUCCUGUACCACAUCUGUAUUAAAAGUAACAUUGCUGAUUUUUGCUAGUGAA